AUGUCUUUACCCGGUUCCACGGCUUCAGUUACUCGGCCAUCGGCCCGAAAUGACCCUGAACUAACCACCGCCAUUACGCCGAUGAACUCGGAGACACUAUGGACGACCCUUCAGCCUCCUAUGGAGCAAGAAACAUGUCUCGACGACAUGAUUUGGACUGGUCUGGGACCGAAUAAUUUUCUUGAUUUCGACACCUUCAUGAACAGCGACUCCCAAGAUUGGAUGGACCUGUCCGAGAGAACUCCUGCCAAUGAAGCUGUUGAAGGGUGCAAUGUUACUGAUGCUAUCGCUCCAGCGGCAACAUCAGUUUUGAGUCCGACGGAGUUUACGACAAAGCAAUCAGACGAGAACCGCCAGAAUUUCCAGUUCGGUGACGGCGCGUUGUCGGGGUUCUGGCAUGGAAGCCCAAUUAGCCUGCUAAACUCCACUGCCGUAGCUGAACAAAUGACGAAGAACCUUUAUCAGGUCUAUGAUACGAUGAUGAUCGGGUUGGCAAGCAGAUAUCUAUCAUAUACCUGCAACCAAUUUGCUGGAACGCACGGGUAUAUCAUCGAAUCGGAGAGCCAUGAAAAUCAGAUCAUGGAUCUCAACCACGAAAUCUGCCGGAAUUUGGCAGGUGGCAUUGUAUCAGGAAGAAAUCCAUACGAACAGACAGUCGAGAGACAGGGCAUAGCACAGUGCUCAGGGAAACUCGUCGAAUCGUUCAGACGAAUAACACUGAUUGGGGUUGCUCGUUUCUUGGACAAUUUUGGAGCCUUGUAUGGGAACAGGCUUGAUCAGGAAAAGCGCAAGCUAGAUGAAGCAACCUUCAAGUCCGUUUUGCAAGCUUUUGCGUUGCAAUUCGGAUCACCGGAUGACCUUGAAUUCAGUCGCGCAAAUGUCCCAACCGUCGAAACCGUAAACGGUGUCUCGGACGCCGCACCUAAGGCAAAGGCCACACAAAUGUUUACAGCAGCGUGGUUCAACGCACAUUCUAAUCUCAUGAAGUCACUCAACCACGGGUCGUUUGUCCAUUUAUACGCGGUCUACCUAUUCCAUAUGACGGCACAACCUGAAGAGGCACGCUUGAAAGCCGAGUUCUCAAAUAGUCCUGUUUACUUCCUGGACCGUGCCCUACUUCAAUCGCGAAGGCUUUCUAAUCUUUUGGGAGAAUUUUACUCACAUCUCGACUCCAAAUCGGUUUAUAGAACUCUCCUGGAUUCAUCGCACCGGAUUUUUCGAUGGUUUGGGUACGUUCGCGAUACGAUGGCGUCUCUCCUCUGCGAUCGCCCCUGUACGAUGGAAGACUUGCCAACCUCGAUAGCAGGUUUGUCAAUUACCAUUUCUUGUGUCUGCCAAGCUUACAAAGGGCAUCAGAUACCGUCCCCAGGAUGUGUGCGACUUUUCUGCCGCCUGCGUUGGAAGACACCAUAG